ACUUGUCAACAUGAGAUGGUGUUAUCGCUGCGUAGUAUAAAAUAAUAUUCAGAGCAAUCGAACCAAAUAGCUUUUGUCUUUAUUUUUGUUUCGGGUUGAUAAGUAGCCUUCUACACCAGUGAGUGUAAAGGCGCUUUCAAUCGAGUACACAUACGCUACGCAGCAAUUCGAGAACAUUUGUAUCGUCAAAAUAUCUGUGAUUUUAUUAUUUUAUUAUAGAAACAUGAAGACCUUCUUGUUUGUCAUCCUCGCUGUCCUGGCUGUUUGCCCUUCGGCUUUCGGCACACAAUGUAAUGUCAACCCGGUCAAUAUACCUAAGAAUUGGAUCACCAUGACCCACGGGUGCCGCGACAGUGUCCGCCGUCAGAUACAGCUGGAGGUGGCGGCUUCAGUGCAGUACCUCGCGAUGGGAGCCUACUUCUCCAAGGAUAGCGUGAACAGGCCAGGUUUCGCGAAGCUGUUCUUCGACGCCAGUUCUGAGGAACGCGAGCACGCUAUGAAGCUGAUAGAAUACCUGCUGAUGAGGGGAGAACUAACCAACAGUGUGUCCUCGCUUAUCACUAUUAGGCCCCCGGAACACAAGCACUGGGUCAGCGGACAGGAAGCCCUGGAACAUGCGCUGAAGUUGGAGACGGAAGUCACAAAGGCCAUUAAGAAUGUUAUCAUCAAGUGUGAGAACGACAGAGACGGCACCGGAGAAGGCAACAACGAUUACCAUCUCGUUGAUUACUUGACCGGAGAGUUCCUCGAGGAGCAGUACAAGGGACAGAGAGACCUCGCCGGCAAGGCCAGCACCCUCAAGAAGAUGAUGGACCGUCACUCAGCCCUGGGAGAGUUCAUCUUUGACAAGAAACUCCUCGGAAUUGACAUUUAAGAGCCAUAGAUUAAAAAAGAUAUUUAAAAUGUCUUUCAUAACUGUAGAAUAUUAUAAUCAUAUUUAAUUGUUAAAAUUUCUUAUUUCUUCUCAGUUACUUAUUACAGGUUUGCAUUGACGGAAUACUGUGAGUUCGCAGUUUUUUUUUGGUUGAUUAACUGUCAAGUUGGUCGUUGCGAACGUAUAGUAAGGCGACCGGUUGGAUAUUUUUUUUUAAUAUGAAUAUACGUAUGUAAUAGUAUCACGCGAUUUUUUUAGUCAUUCUGUUUUUUUUUUUUAGUAUUUAACAGUAAAUUUUAUCAUUAGCGUUAUAGAAGAUCAAACAGUGUCAUUUGUCAAUAAACUUUGAUCGCCA